UCCCCCCUUUUUGCCGAAAGCUUAACCCUUUCCCUUUUGUACCAAGUCAUUUGUGUGUAGGGCUAACUCUCCAGGAGAAGGAACAAAGCUUGUGUCAGAACAGUGUAAUUACAAAGACAGAACUCCCCACAGCCACGCAUUAUCCUCGUUCCUCGUGACAUCAUCUAAAGUCAAUGGUGAUGGAGAGUGUUGAGUAAAGAAGUGAGGAGAGGACAGAUUGACUGACCUAGGAUUCUUCCCAACCCUCCCAGAACUAUGUCCCUUUUUCCUCUACCUUCCUAUUUGUACGCAAACAAUGACUGGUCCUCUCCCCCGCCAUCCCCAACAUCUCUCCAGAUACUCUACUGAGGUAGGGUGGGGGCAGGGGUGUGGUUCUAGGCUACAACAAACCACUCUCAGAAAGGGGAGAGAGCUGGGAGGAACUGCUCAUAGGCUGAGCUGACAUGUAAAUCUGAAUUUUGUUGGGAGACAACAUCCUUGGUAAAUGUACUAAGCCAUAGUGUUGUGAGGACACCCACCAGCUGCACCCAGGAAACAGAUGGAGGUUGGACCAAAUGAGCAGGGGGCGGAGCCCACAUUGACCCAAGAGACUUCAAAGAUGACCCCCACGGAGAGCCUGUCAGACCCACUGACCAGUCAAGCUCUGGCUGCUAUAGAGGAUGAAGCAGAGCUGAAUAAACUGCUGGACAAGGCAGUCAAUUUUGAGGAGAGGCAAAUGAUCCGUGCUGCUUUGAGAGAACUGCUCAGGAGGAAGCGAGAGAAGCGGGAGCAGGAGCGUGUGCCCAGGCUGCAGGGCUUGAGUAAAGUUGGCACAGCAGGGAUGGGGUUGAAUAGAGGAGAAGGGACAAUACACAGCCAAUUCUCAGAACCCAAGACAGGAGCCAGUGUAAUGAAACCCUCUGUGGCUUCUGCUCCCCACUCCCCUGCCCCUGUCACACCUAAUACUAAAAACGUCAAGCAGAUGUUACUGGAUUGGUGCAGGAUCAAAACAGAGCCAUAUGAGGGGAUCAACAUCAAGAACUUCUCCUCCAGCUGGAGUGAUGGAAUAGCUUUCUGUGCCCUGGUUCACCGUUUUUUUCCAGACGCUUUUGAAUACUCCAUUCUCAAUCCUACCAAACGCAGGGAAAACUUUGAGCUGGCUUUUAACACUGCUGAGAGGUUAGCAGACUGCCCCCCUCUGUUGGAUGUUGAUGACUUGCUGCGAAUGGAUGAGCCUGAUUGGAAAUGUGUGUAUACCUACAUCCAGGAGUUUUACCGCUGUCUGGUGGAGAAAGGCCUGGUCAAAACCAAGAAGAGACCCUAGGUUAGGACCUUAUACAGAGAUGUCAGAUAUCACCUUAUCAGGAGAGGUGUAGUGCAAUAAGGUCAUGCAUGUAUCACAGAAAAAUACAUGUUUUGCGUGUUUGCCAAAACCAUUGUAAAAUAGAUAGUACAUGUUUUCAGUUUGAAAUUGUCUACACUUGUCCACAUUUUUUAUGCUUCUAGUGCUGCAUAUGCCCACAGAGCAUGUCUAUGUACUGGUUGUAUGCGUUAUCAAAUGCUUAUCUGUGUAUGUGUUUGGAGAGGACAGCUGGCACUUAGGAUCAGUAUAUUGCUCUGAGAUUACACAUCGGCAUUAAAUCAGAAACACUGAGAAUCAUGCUGUGGCUUUUUCUGGUGCACUGUAUGAACUUUGAAAUUACCUUUUUAUGUACUGUAUAGCGGUAUGACAGGGACUUCCCAUAUAUGUGUGGCAGCCUGCGGAAACCCUUCACAUGGUGAAACUUAUUUGUAUUCAGGACAGUUUGUAGCUAGUUUCUAAAUAUGUAUAAUACCCAGAAGGUCAAAUUUUCACAAAACGGUUAAUUUCAACGGUUUUUGGACAUGUUAGCUAGCAAGAUGUUCAAGCCAUGUCAAAUCAAAUUAUGAAUCAAAGUGGAAUCUUUGAUGAUGUAACUUCAUUUUAAAGUUGACCUGUGUCAAAAAGUGAUAAGGGAGAAAACUGCAUUCAAAGAUUCCACUCCGAUUCAUAAUUCGAUUUGACAUGGCUUGAACAUCUUGCUAGCUAACAUGUCCAAAAACCGUUAAAAUUAACCGUUUUGUGAAAAUUUGACCUUCUGGGUAUUAUACAUAUUUAGAAACUAGCUACAAACUGUCCUGAAUACAAAUAAGUUUCACCAUGAAAGUUUUACAUUAGUAAUCAUAUACUUUUUGUACAUUACAAUGAAGUUUAGGGUGUUAACUAUACAAAACAUCAAAAAUCUCAAUUUUGACAGAAAACGAUGUUCGAUCUUUUAUGGCAGGUUAUAGCCAACAACAGGCCGCGACAUCCGACGGGUUUCCGCAGGCCGCCACAUAUUUGUUUUUGAUAUUUGAUGUUUAGCCUCCUCUGUGUACCCUUUUUGUAAAAUCAUCAUUUAGAAAUGUCUACUAAGGCCUAGUUAUCUCUGCCGCUUUCAUUCUGAGUGAGAGGGCUACUGCCUAGUCAGUAGCCUACUGUAUUUUUGAUUCAUAUGAUAAGACAAAAUUAAAUGGCUAUUUUGUCUGCCUCAAUGACAUCGUCAAAAUGUGUACACGGGUAAGAACUGGAUUGAUAAGGCUGUCAUUAUGGUUUAUGGUUGGUUGGACAAUGUCAAACCGCACUCUUCUGAGCUUGCCAAAUAGCCACUGCAGCACGCACACAGAAGUCCAGGUGUAGGACUCGGCACACAAGUCAGAAUUGAGGUAGGCUAAGAAAACAUUACAAAACUAGAGGGGGUGGGGUGUGCUUGCGUCAGUUGCAGAUGGAUAUGUUUCAGGGAUGUGCGCAGGUACGGGCUAUUGUUGCCCGGGCAACAGCCCGUUUGCCCUGAUUGGCUGAUCUGCCCCUCUGGAGAAACUUUUUUUAAAUUAUUUUUUGGUGGCUGCAUCAAUAAGAUAAGCCCAUCUUUAGUAAAGUGAAAUAAAAUAAAAUUGCGAUAUCAUCCA